GAAAAAGGCAACGCUUCUUCCUCCUUCUCGUUCAAAGACACAUAUUCCAAUGGCUUUCAGAUUGUUGACCAAGGGCGCUGCUGCCGCUGCCAUCUCCCGUCCCAUCGUUAGUGCUUCCCGCAAGUCUCUCGGUGCCACUGCUGUCCGUCACUACUCUACCCCAACCAAGGAGGUUGAUCCCAAGACAAAGGCCAACAGCAUCAUUGACUCCCUUCCCGGAAACUCCUUCGUUUCCAAGACUGGUUUCGUCACUCUUAGCACUGGUGCUGCCACCUUCUUGAUCUCCAAGGAGAUCUACGUCUUGAAUGAGGAGACUCUUGUUCUCGUCGCUUCUCUCGGUCUCCUUGGUGUACUCCUCAAGUACGUCCGUGAGCCCUUCACCACCAUGGCCAACGACCACAUCUCCCGUAUCAAGAACAUCUUGGUUCAGGCCCGUGAUGACCACAAGUCUGCUGUCCAGGAACGCAUCAACGAGGUUGGUCAGAUGAAGGAUUUGGUUGAUGUUACCAAGUCUCUCUUUGCUAUCUCUCGCGAGACUGCUGAGUUGGAGGCCGAAGCCUUUGUAUUGAAGCAGCAGGUUGCUGUUGCCCAUGAGCUCAAGACCACUCUUGACUCCUGGGUCCGCCACGAGGCCAGCGUCCGUGAGCGUGAACAGAAGCAGUUGGCUGCUUACUUGAUUGAGAAGAUCCAGAAAGAUUUGCAGGAUCCCAAGGUCCAGCAGCAGAUCCUCGACCAGGCCGUUUUGGAUGUCCAGAAGCUCGCCAAGACUGCUUAAGACAUUCAUUGUACAUCCAAAAUAAACAUUCAAAAAUCACACUUGUGAAUUGUUACAAAUUGUA